AUCGCGACCGCAACGCAGCGUUGGCGUCGUGUAACACCUUUCAUUGUAUUGACUAUUGACUGAUUCUGAACACAGAGAAUAAUGUAUAAAGUUAAUUUAUCGUAUUAUUGUCUUAGUUCUUGUUAAAAUAUAUAGUAGUAUGUUUUAGUUUAAGUGUAAUAAUGCCUCCGUUUACGUGAAUGUGAAAGAAAGCAGCCCGUGGAGUGCUACGCGGCCAUUUUACUUGCAAUGCGGCUACGGUGUACGAUCCGCCAUUGGAAACGGCCAGUGUCUUUUACUGAGUGCAAGAUUUGUAUUUUGUUAAAUAACGCGGCGUAGAAACAACGGAUAACCAUGUGUGAUAAAAGUGUAGUGCGGACUUUAGUGUAGUGAAGCACGGUGGUCGGGUGUUUCGAAUAAUGUGUGAACGAUGGAAAACGAAGUGAAGCAGCGCAAUCAGAGAAAUAGGCGAAGGGAGCGGGCACAGCGCAUGCAAGCACAGCGAGAGAGCAAAGUUAAGGAUGGAGACAGCGGCGAGGACGAGUCUCCGACGAGAGAGAAACCGCCUCGUCCUCCUGCCAGGAGGAAGAAGUCGCGGGAGCCGCUGGGAGAAGAGGAUAUCAUCGAUGGUUUCGCCAUAAUGGCAUUUCGCACAUAUGAAGAUCUCGAGGCUGCUGUAAAAUGCGCUUCCUCUCCACGCACAAAUGCCCUGUCGACAAAGCCUCGCUUGCCUUUGGCGGCGCUGGCGGCCGACUCAGGGCGAAAUCACCCGCCCAACAAUGUAAACUCUCAUGGUAUUACGCUGCUUCAAGACGCUGGUACGUCGGAUGACAGUGGACGGGCAUCAGAAAGACUAACGGGUAGUUCGGUGGCGCCUCGCGAUCCCGAUUCUUCCCGUGAUCGUCUCAGUGACGCCAGUAGCCGCUGUAGUUCCGGAAAAGGCUAUAUCUGUGAUAGCGAAGGCGACGAUGACAAGGCGAGUCCGGAAAAUAGUAGGAAUGCUUCUCCGAGGUACCAUGAUGCAUCAAUGGAAGAUGUAUCGGAGACUGGCCCUCUGUUCCGGGUGACGGGUGCGGCGGCUCCAGCGGCGGGCGGCAAGAACGAGCUGGUGGCGCGGGGCGGCAGCGGCGGCGCACUCGCCUUGUCUCGGGCGCCGGUGGGUGGCAGCGCUAGCCCCGCGCCUGCGCCGCUGCCCCAGCCGGCGCCGUCGCCCGCGCCCGCCGCUCUGCCUCCGCCGGCGUUGCCCCCGCCGCCCUUCCGCGCCGACACACCUCAUCGGCCCAACGGCGCGCACAUUCCUGCUCUCGAUGGACAUGCCGCUACACAGAUCCCAGCGCGACCCGUGGGCGCCGCCGGGCCUGACACGCCCGAGCGCCCGGCCAGCAACAGCAAGUUGCAACCGGGCGCGCGGGCCUCCGCCGAUAGUCCGACCCCUGCUCCGCCUGCUCCUCCCGCACCCUCUCCGCUCUUCCCCUCACAUACCGCCUACCAAUCUCAAUCCCAAUCACAUGCUGCUGCUGCGUUGCCAGAUUACCGGCAUACGAACCACGAAACGCGAACCGAACCGGCGGACCAACCUCCUGCGCCUUUGGACCUUCACACACAUCACACAGCGCACCACCCAGCCCGGCCGCCACACAUAGCUCCCAGCCCGGUGCAACCGCCUCACCCUAGUCUCCAGAGCCGCGUGCCGCAUUCGCAAGCGCACCCUGUAAUGCCUGGCCACGACGUUCGGAAUCCCCCGGUCGCAGCACAGACACAUCCCUCCGUUCCUACCUCGUUUUCGAACCGCGUCAAUGGUGUACCGCAAAGCGUGACCCCUCAUUCGACGCCGUCUUCAAUUCCGAGCUGUCUUCCGAGUCAAACUCUAACUGGGCGGUCGAUUUCACCGGCCGCGCCGACCUCUCGCCCCUACUCUACCCCGUCGAUCGGGUCUAGUCAUGUAAACUCCAGUAUAAGUUCCAGUAUUCAUGGUCAUUCAAUACCUUACCAGAGUCAAUCGAGUUUACAGAAACAUUCCGUUCAAACUGUAUACCCGAAUCGACCACAUCUUACACCAUUUAGCAUAUCCAACCACAUUUCAUCAAGCCAUGUUCAGUCUUCUACUGCAAAUCAACCUCCAGUCCUUCAUAUGAGCCAUCCAGUUAACAGUCAUUCCGUAACGAGUCUCUCAAGUCACCUUCCCAGUUCCUUACCGACAACCAUGUCUACGCCAAAUCACAUUGGUCCUCCGGCAUCUUUACCUUCUAUAACAAAUACCACAAUGUCUUCUUUCACCCCAAGCCUUAAAUCACACCCGGGUGUUAAUAUACCACAGCAGCCCACAUCGGUGGCUACGCCUGUGUCUUCUCAUAUGCCAAGUAAUCACGUAGAUUCAUUACCGACAUCGAGUAGUACACCCACAAACGUUACACCAGUGUCUAUGAGUAAUAGUCUCAUUAGCAGCCACCAUACUACUCCCGCCGUGGUGGAUACAAGGUUACCGCCGAUAUCAUCCAGCGACUUACCUGCACGUACUGAGAGUCCCAUUGUGUCGUCGACCCUGGCUUCCAACGGCUACCCGCCACCAGCUGUGUAUUCUGGUUCCUCAUACCCUCCGCUCUAUGCACCUUAUGCCACUACACUACAACACAGUCCUUACCUACCACCGGCUGCAGCCUCUCCGCGGAACUCUGCCGAUACGAGAACGAGUUUGUCAGCAUCACCACUAGUUGCACCUAAAACACCUAAGGGUGUCCGGCCUCACACGCCGGGCUCGACAGGCGCUGCCGGGGCUGCGAUCUCCUACUCCCCGCACGGACAUAGUCCAAACAGGGAGCGAGAAAGUUUCAGCAGCAACAUCAGCAGCCUGUCGCGCAGUACGCCCGUGGCGGGAGCGUCGCUGGCGCCGGCGCUGGCGGCCCCACUGCCGGCGCCGCUCGCCGCUCCUAUACCGGCGCCCAUACCGGGCGGGCUGGCGCUGCCGCUGGCGGCCCCCACGGCCACGCCGGCGGCGCCGGGCGCGCCUCACCUGGCGCACUCGCUGGCGCCCGUGCCCACCGUGCCCAGCAUCAGCUCCAGCGCCAAGCCGCCCGCGCACUGGGGCGUCACCAGGACAGCGGGUGCAGAGCGUCCGUCAGGGUUCGCGCCCGCCCCUCCUUUGUUUGGUGCGCCACUUGCGCCACCUAAUCCGAACCCAUUCUCGGCGGAGUCACUCUUCCAAAGCAGCCCGGGCGCGGACCUGCUGCGGCGCGAGCUGGACAACCGGUUCCUGGCGGCGGCGGGCGCCGUGUCGGCCGUGCGCACCGAGAUGCACCACCACCAGCACCAGCACCAGCACACGCACGUGCACCAGCACCCGCCGCAGCACGCGCCGCACGCGCCGCACGCGCCGCACGCCCCGCACGCGCCGCACGCGCCGCACCCGCCGCACCCGCACCAGCUGCUCGUGCCGCACGCGCCGCUCUUCAAAGAUGUGGGGAAAAUGUCAUCAUUAUAUCGCACUGGGCUCAGUCUGGGCUACCCGUACUCUUCCAGUCUGCUGCACCCUACCGGCCCCUACGUGCCUCCUGCGCCGCUUACUACGUACGCUCCUAAGCCCGUAGUGUCAGCCGCAAGUGACUCCGCCUCUAAACCACCAACACGUCCCGCUGUCGCGAAAACCGGAAAAUGGAAUGCGAUGCACGUGAGGAUCGCCUGGGAAAUAUACAACCACCAACAAAAAGAGAAGACCGGCGGCGGCACGUUGGCGGCCGGCGGCGACAAGGACAAGAUCCGCGGCUUCCCCGCCGCCGCGCCGCCGCCGGCCGCCUACCGCUCGCCCUACGAGCUGCCGCCCGCGCCCUACCUGGCGCACCACCCGCACCUAGGCGUGUCGCCCUUCGGCCGCUACGCUCCCGGCGCCUACCCCGGCGCCGCGCCCUUCGGCCUCACCGCCUACGGCCGCGACCUGGCGCUGUCCUCCUCCUACCACGCGCCGCCGCUGGGCGCGCUGCACGACGCCUGGCGGGCCGCGCGCCCGCCCGCGCCGCAGCCCAGCGCCGAGGCCCGCCGCGACCACGAGGAGCGCGAGCGGGCGCGGCGCGAGCGCGACGAGCGCGACCGCCGCGAGCGGGACGAGCGCGAGCGCCGCAAGGCGCGCGAGCAGCGGGACCAGCGCGACCGCGAGCUCGAGCGGGCGCGUGCGCGCUCGCCGCUGCGGAACGGUAUGCCCGAAGUAGUCAAGGACGAGCGCAAGGAGCCACCGCGCCACGCGCCGCCGUCGCUGCCGGCCUACCCGCCGCCGCCGCCCUGGGACCCGUACCGCACGUUCGACCCGCUGCAGCACAUGCGGUUCGCGCCGCUGGUGGAGGCCGCCAUCCGCGCCGAGGAGGACCGCGCCAAGAUGCUGAGCGCGUACGCGCACCACCAGCAGCUGAAGUCCAGCCCGCUGCUGCACCGCGGCCUGGCGCCGCACGCGCCGCUGCCGCCGCUGGGCGCGCACCCGCCGCUGGCCCCGCUGGCGCCGCUGGCCCCGCCGCUGGCGCCGCUCGCGCCGCUCGACCUGCUCAAGAAGGAGGAGCCGCGAUGAUAGCGAUGCGGCACAACCGCCGUGUCGCCAACUGUGUACAUAGAGUAGCGUAAACGACGUCGCAAGUGAGAGUACGACUAAUUUAAUGUAUAUCGUUUCGCAUUAUCAGUUUAGAGAAUUAUUUAUUGUAACGUCGCUUACUGAAGGACAGUCGUCGGUCCCGCCGGCCGCCAGUCUCGUCGGUGUCGUAGCAUUCGGGACAGUGAGGGAGUGGGGAGGGUGAUCGCGUAAGCGAGGCGGACAUAGCGAAUCUGAUAGUGUGGUGCGAGCGUGCACGCUAUCUCGAUAUGUGCAAUAUUGGACGAGAACAUUGGGCGCUCGUCGCCGCCGGCCUGUACACUACUGCUUGUUUAUUUACAUGAAAAUAUCUAUCGAGUUGUUAUUGUGACCAUUAUUAGUUAAUUAUACAUGAAAUUGCUGAUUAUUGUGAAGGAUAGGAUUAUCGGAAUCGCUAUCGAUAUAAUUAUACAUAUUUAUAUAUACUUAUAAAUAAACUGUAAAUAUUAGUAUGUAAAUUAGCGUUAAAAUAUAGAAUUGGUUUAUUUAACGUCAUACAAAAGGAAAUCCCAUAAAUUAUUAUUGCAUCGGGAGUUUAAUUUACACUUCCGUUAAAAAUCUCAAUGGUUUUUCAAUUGUACCAGUGGAGUUUUAUUUAUUUAUUUUUACUCCUAUUAAUGAACACAAUUUCAGUUAUAGCAGUUAUUUCAUUUAAAUGCAUUUAAAAUAUGUGAUAUUAUUGUAUUGUGAAAUACAUUUUGUCUGACUUCAAAGUAGUGUCUAUUCUCCAAGUAUCUAGAUGUUACAGUAUUGUCAAAUUUGUAUUUAUCAUAGAUCAUGUUAAUAUUAUCUUCAAAUUAUAUUUGUGGACAAGUGGACUAAUCUGAUAUAUAUAUAUUGUUUGUAAACUUAUAAUGUGUUUGAAAAGUCUUAUGUGCCAUUAAAUCAAUAUUAUCAAGGCAUUGAGUCAGACAAAAUUGAAUUCUAAAUCUGUUUUAACAGACAAAUCUGGUGGUUUGUGUUCUUAAAUCUCAAGAGUGACUCAGAGGUAUAUUAUAGUUUAUUCAAAAUCAUUCUGUAUACUAAAAAGUAAAUGAAAGCUUGGUGCGAUUCAGAAAAUACCAUUAAAACUUUUGAUUUUUAUACCAA